CAAUCUAUCUAUUUUUUAAGGAACAAUACAUGGAGGUUGUAAAUCCGUUUAUACUAAAAAAUAAGGAGCGUAUGAUAGUAUUCUUGGAUCAGCUUUCUUUGUGUUCUGAAUCGAAUACACCGUUGGGAAUGUUUGUCGAACAAAGUAUAAAUCAUAAUGCACAAGACACCGGACGAGAGCUAGCUACAUUGCAUCACAUCUGUGUAUCGUAUUUGCCAGAACUUCAGGAGCUAUCGAAUAUACUCUCAAUCAAGAAGCUCGUCACAGUCACGGAUAUGUUGACCAAGCAUAAGCUGAAAUAUCGCGAGAUGAUCAGCUAAACCUCGAGUGAAUCAGAGCGAAACUAGCACUACCGUGGCAACUGCCGUUGCAAUACAGCUCUCAGUUCUAAAUCUUGAAAUAUGUGCACGUGCUAAAUUAUGCAGUGGAUUUAAUACAAAAAGUUAUAAACAUUCUUUCUAUAUACAUAUAAGCCGUAUAUUAAAUAUAACCAUAUAUGUAAGGUAAUACAUAAAUAUAACAUUAAUAUUAAACAGCUGGCACAAAAUAAUAGGUCAAAAUAUAAGUGAAUAUUCAUAAAAAACAUGGCAAGUAGCCAAGAUAUACUCAAAAUAUGAACAAAGAAUGAAAUUAUAACAAAAUCAA